CUCUAGCUUAGUCACCUGGGUUGCCAUCCCUUUGCCAGAGUUUUGCAGAAGGCAAGAAGCAAGAGCUGAAGCAGGACAAUGUGCUUCUUUAGGGUCAGCCUCCUGCUCCUCCUGGUUCUUCACUCUCAGAUAACCCCCCAAUACACUCUGAUCCUGCAGGCUGCAGACAGCUUAGGAAAUGGUCCUAGCACUACAGCAACAGCAAUGAUCAAAGUGGCUAGUUCAGAUGAGGUCCACCACACUUUCCUGACUGUCCACGCACUGAACGUGCUCACCGGCCUCCCUGCCCAAGGCCUGGCCAUGAACUUCUCUAAGUUGGAGGAUCCCCAACGUCCGUGGGCAGAGCUCAUGAGGAGCAAGACAAACCCUGAUGGGCGCUUGGACAGAAACAGCCCGAUGCCCAGGGAGCUGAAACCCGGCACCUAUAAGCUGCACUUUGAGACGAGGGAGUACUGGGAGCAACAAGGAUACAGCAGCUUCUACCCUUAUGUGGAAAUUGUCUUCACCAUCACAGAGGAAGAAAAAGUGCACAUCCCCUUGCUGCUCAGCCCCUAUUCCUACACCACCUACAGGGGAAGCUAGUAGGAGACCGGCAAGCAGGAGGGGCUGCUUCAGCAAACCGGGGUGCCAGUUUUGAGAGAGCUGGCACAGUUCAGCGGAUGGAGAGCUGUGGUUACAUCCAAGGCCACCUCUGGCCCAAGCCUCAGGCUGGGGGCUUGGCCAUGAGCAGCUGCCUCGUAGUAAAUGUGAGAUUAAUCUAAA